AGUGUUCGGAUGCAUGGCAGUGGCGCAUGUCCCUAAACCGUACAGGACAAAGCUUGGAGCAUCUGCACUGUGGUGUGUGCACCUUGGGCUUGCGGCAGAGAGCAAGGGGUGGCUACUCUGGGAGCCCUCAAAGAAUGCAAUACAGUGCAAGUGGCUGGCAAAAAUCAAGACGGAUGAGAAAGGAGAGCCAUCAGUUUACAAGAGCAGGCUGGUGGCAAAGGGGUUUCAGCAGAAAGAGAAGGAAGAUUACAAAGAAGUGUUUGCCCCAACUGCUAAGUCUCCAACGCUACGUGUGCUGCUGGCGGUAGCUGCUGUGCGCAAAUGGAAGGCGAAGCAGAUGGACAUCGUAACCGCUUUUCUGUACGGCAUUGUGGAAGAGGAGGUGUACAUGGUUCAACCACCUGGCUAUGAGGAUGGAACCGGUCGUGUCUGCAAACUUAACAAGGCCAUCUAUGGCUUGAAGCAGGCCCCGAGAUGCUGGUACAACAGGCAGGCCAGUGCACUGGAAGAGAUUAGAUUCCGUGCGAGUGCAUGCGACGAGAGCCUAUUCCUGAUGGGCGAGGGGGAGUCACUUGUGCUUCUGCUGGUGUACGUGGAUGACAUCCUGCUCUUCAGCAGCAGUGACAAGGAGAUCGAUGGGGUGCAGCGGAAGCUCACAGAGCAGUUCAAGUGCAAGUCACUUGGAGAGGCAAGAUACUACCUGGGAAUGCACAUUGAGCGGGAUACUGAACGUGGCUGGCUCAAACUGCAUCAGGGACAGUACAUCAAUACCUUGGCUGAGAAGUACUCUCUGCAGGAAGAACGGGAAGUGGUCACACCUUUGCCUUCCGAUCCUUGGCAGCUGCUACACCAAAGUUGGAGAGCCCUAUAACGAGGAGGGACCAGCAUGUGUGGGACUUUUGUCCCCACCUUGCAGCUGCAGCACUUGGGGUUUGGAGACCAAC